AUGACAGCAAUACCCUCCAUAGCCUGCCUAGGUGUAAUAGGCAAAAACAACAACCCCCUCCAUGUGACACUCUUCCCUUCCGCGCCCCUCAACGCCCCUCUCCGAACACCACUCCAAUUCUCGCUCCUCCUAGCCAGCACCCUCGACAUCUUCGAAUCGCGCUCCAAAUCCAACGCUUCCUCUGGCGGCGGCCUCUCGGGCGAUUUCGGCCUCUUGCACGCAAUCGAUGAGCGCCUUGCUGCGUAUGGCUUUGAGACGAAUACUGGGGUUAAGUUUGUGGUUGUUGUGGAUAUGAGGGGGAGGAUUGUGGGUGAGAGUGGAGGUGCAAAGGGAGGGCCGAGUGUGGGGUUGAGGGAGGGAGAGAUGAAGUUGGUGUUUAGAGCUAUGCAAGCGGCGUAUGUGACAUUAUUGCAGAACCCUUUCUAUGAGCCGGAUGAGCAUAGUCCGCCCACUGGGCGGGGCGGGAAGAAGAUUACUAGUCGCAGGUUUGUGGAGGAUAUGAAGCGCAUAGGGGAGUCUUGGGUUCCUGGGGUGGGGAGCUCGUAA